AUGAAAUUAAAACUUAUGCUUGAAUGGUGUACAGUGGUAGCAAUUAAAAUUGUAAUUGCGUCAUUUUAUUUCUCUGGUGUGGAUAUUAAAAAUAUGAAAGGGAAAUACAAAGAGAUUGAAAACAUAAAUAAAAAGGAGAAUGUAAUAAAGGAAAUAUUUUUGAAUGAAUUAAAGAAAUUAAAUUAUAUGAAUAACAAUGUUAUAGCAUUAAGUACAUCAAGACAUCAUUUUAAUUAUAGGCAUACGUGUAACUUAUUGAUUGCAUAUAAAUACCUAAAAGAUAUAGGUGAUAUUAUUGAUACAAAUAUAUUACUUAUGAUCCCAUUUGAUCAAGCUUGUAAUUGUAGGAAUAUUAUAGAAGGCACAAUUUUUAAAGAAUAUGAAAUAUUUCCAAGUGAAAAUUACGAUAUACAUGUAAGAGAUAAUUUAUAUACAAAUUUAAAUAUUGAUUAUAAAAAUGAUAAUGUUAAGGAUGAACAAAUCAGAAGAGUUAUUAGACAUAGAUAUGAUGCAUUUAGUCCUAAAAAAAAUAGACUACAAACGAAUGGAAAUAAACAAAAAAACUUAUUCAUAUACAUGACAGGUCAUGGUGGUGUAAACUUUUUAAAAAUUCAAGAAUUUAAUAUUAUGAGUUCCUUUGAAUUUAAAUUAUAUAUACAAGAACUACUUAUAAAAAAUUUAUACAAAUAUAUCUUUGUGAUCAUUGAUACAUGUCAAGGAUAUAGUUUUUAUGAUGAUAUAUUACAUUUUAUAAAUAAAUAUACUAUUAAAAAUGUCUUUUUAUUAUCUUCAUCUAAUAGAAAUGAAAAUAGCUACAGUCUCUUUUCAAGUAAAUUUUUAAGUGUAUCAACAGUUGAUAGAUUUACUUAUCAUUUUUUUAAUUAUUUAGAAAAUAUUUAUAGAAUAUAUCCUGACGAACCACAUAAAAAUGCAAAAUCUUUUUCCAUGUUUAAUAUUUUGAAUUAUUUAAAAACACAACAUUUAAUAUCACAAGCAACAAUAAAUAAUUCCAAAUUUAACUCAUCCACAUUUUUACAUGAUAAAAACAUCCUUUUUUUUAAUUCCAAUUUGUUACCUAUAAAUAAGGAUGAUAUGAACAAAUCAACAUAUAACCAAAAUGACAAGGACAGAAGAGAUGACUCGUUUAAUUCGAGAAAAACGUGUUUAGGUUAUUUAACUUUAUGUGGUCAUAUAAAAAGUCAAAUAUAUGCAAAUAUGGCAAAUCUAUAUGAAGAUAGAAGCUAUUACAGCAAUAAUAUGGGGGUUUACCUGAAAGAAGAGUCCUAUUUUACGGAUUAUUGUUUUACUUCCAUUCACGUGAAUGUAAACUAUAUGCUGAAAGUUUUAGUUUUUUUAUUUUUCCUUUUCUUUUUUCUGCUCAUUUUUUUGUUUAAGUGA